AUGCGUGCAUUUACGUUGAUCUUGUCUCCACUGCUUCUCGCCGCGCUGGCCGGUGUGGUCGGGGCCCAGGACGAGAGCGCGCUUUACGAGACACCGGAUUUCGUCACACCGACUGAUGAAUCAGAGCUUCACAAACGCUCGCCCCCAGCUGGAGUCUAUAUCUGCGAUCAGACCAACUGGCAUGGCAGAUGUGCCUGGAUUAAGCUCACCGAAGGGGCUUGCAUGGAUUUCAUCUGGGAUGCAGGCACCUCGUUCGGCCCUCCUAAUGGAUGGCAAUGUAAGAUCUACUAUGGCGGCAAAUGCAGCGGGCAGGUGACAGACGGCAAACUCACAUUCCCUGGUACGCCCAACCUCGGCGCAACGUACAACAACCGUCUGAAGCCCGCGUCCUACAAAUGCCGACCAUGCCCUCCUGGGUCUGCUUGUGUCAAUGGUAACGUCCCAGCCUAUGUCGAAGCCCGGGCAAAGACAGGACAAAAGGGCGCGGAUGGGAAAUGCAGGAUCUUCCAGAGCGGCAAUACCAAGGUUGUUCCUUGUUAG